AUGUGGAACGAAUAUUCUGUCAUCCCCGUGCCCAGCAACAGGCCCAAAGUUCCACCGGGUCAAGACAGGCUAAUCUUCUCGGAUAGCUCUGUAUUGCAUGGAGAACCAAUCCAAAUCAAGACACGUGCCCAGCUAAAGUUGGAACAUAUUUUACAGGACAUCCAACGCAUAAAGCAAGCUCAAGCGAAGGCAGGCCUGCCUGUGAAUCCUAAUGACAACAAGUUCCGGGACAGCAAGCCUCGGCUCUUGCUGAUGGGGCUGCGCCGAAGUGGGAAGUCGUCCAUUUCUAGUGUCGUAUUUCACAAGAUGCCUCCGAACGAGACAUUAUUUCUUGAGUCGACUACUCGCAUUCAAAAAGAUUCUAUCCAUUCAUUUAUGGAUUUCCAGGUCUGGGACUUCCCUGGUCAGCUAGAAUUGCUUGACCCUUCGUUUGACCUAGAAAGCAUUUUUGGUUCUAUAGGUGCCCUUGUCUGGGUGAUUGAUGCACAAGACGACUACCUGGAAUCUGUCGUGCGGCUCAAUCGGACCAUUCUGAUCAUCCUACAAUACUACCCAAACAUUAAUAUUGAAGUCUUUAUACACAAGGUCGAUGCACUAGCCGACGAAUACCGGACGGAGGUAUUCCAGGACAUUGUGCAGCGCAUUUCCGACGAGCUUAGUGAUGCAGGCUACGAGAAUGCCCCUGUGCACUACUAUCUUACUUCUAUUUAUGACUACUCCGUUUUCGAGGCAUUCAGUAAAGUGAUACAAAAGCUCAUCCCGCAAUUACCGACGUUAGAGAACUUGAUCAACAUUCUUGGGAAUAAUUGCGGGUUUGACAAGUGUUAUUUAUUUGAUGUGCUCAGUAAAAUAUACAUCGCGUCGGAUACCCGUCCAGUGGAUAUGUCGUGCUAUGAGAUGUGUUCUGAUUAUAUCGAUGUCAUCGUUGAUAUCUCGGAACUCUAUUCGUGGGAACAUCCUGCACGCAAGCCAAAGGGCGAGCAGAUGCGUGAGGCUGAGUCUCAUGUGGUUUUGCAAGAUCGCAGCAUGAUCCAUUUGAUGGAGAUGAACAAGUACCUUUGUCUAGUAUCGGUUAUUCGAAAUCCUGACGCUAGUGAGAAAAAGGGACUGAUUGAUAUGAACUGCCGUAUCUUCCAGGAGGCUCUUAACGAAGUCUUUUCGCGUCCGUGGGAGCAGCCAGAGGGACUGGAUUCGGCGGUAGCAGUUCACGAGGGGGCAUAA